UUUCUUUUCAAUCUCUUUACACAAAUGCAUUUAUAAAUCGAUUUUACUACCACUUUUGACUGGUUGUUGACAGCCACUAAUACUAUGGACAGAGCACUCUCAAAUUUUAAUCUGUCGCCAAUAAAAAAACUUGUUUUUUUCCUUUUUUAUCUUUUUUUUUGAAUUUUUAAAAAUCUCUCAAAAUUUUUUAAAAAUUUUUAAAAAUUAUUUUUUAAUUUUCCGGUCAAGUAAUUUAUAAAAAAAUAAAUUUUGAAUGAUUCCAAGAAUUGUAACAGCAAAAAUGAUGUAUUCAACUGUUGAUAAUGCUGGACCAGUUACUUCAACUCUCAAAAAUAAAUUGACAGAAUUUUUUAAGCCUCAACAUAUCCAAGUUGAAUGCGAGAGUCAAUUUCAUAAUGUCCCCAAAGGAACUGAAAAACAUUUCCGUGUCCAAAUAUGUUCUGACAAAUUUGAAGGUUUAACACAAAUUCAAAGGCAAAGAAUGAUAAACAAAAUUUUGGCUGAAGAAUUAAAAAAUCAGACAAUUCAUGCUUUAAGAAUUGAAGCAAAAACUCCAAAUGAGUGGGAUGGGAAAGAACAAGAAAAGGCUCCAGUUUGUUUGGGAGGUGGAAAGUCUGUAAAAUUAAAUUGA